AUGGGUUCCCCGAGUGGAACCCUACGCCCCCGAGCGUCUUCAAACUUCAUGGGCAUCCGCGCUUCGGGAUUUCCGCCGUCCAUGACUCCCCAAGAAAAGCACCUCUUCUCCGACCGCGUCAACACGGCGACAACGCGGCUCUCCAGCACAAUGGCCGCCAGCGACAGUGGCGAUGGUUACCUCUUCGUCAUCUACUUUCACAAGAACACGGCCGCCGACGCCCUGGCACUGCUCAAUGCCGCAGACAUCCGAGUCAGGGGACACGAGAUCCAGUUUUCCUGGCACUGA